UCGGCACCGGAAGCGGCCCCAGGAGCGACCCCGGGAUCGGCACCGGGAGCGGCUCCACGAUGGGUGGGUGGCGGGACAUGUCCCCGGAGGCGCUGGAGGACCAUUACUCUCCUAGUCGCUGGUCCCCCCGCCUGGACCGGGACACCAUCAUCGACGCCCACCUCGCGGUGACGGCGGCAGGAACCGAACGGGCCCGGACCAGCGCGCGGACCUUGCUGCACGUGCCCUAUGGCACCGGGGACGGGGAGAAGCUGGACAUCUAUUUACCCACGACUCCUUCUGAGACCUUCCCGGUUCUGGUUUACAUCCAUGGCGGAUACUGGCAGUGCUUGAGUAAGGACAAUUCGGGGUUUGCAGCCCCUCCGCUGGUGUCGCAGGGCGUGGCAGUGGUGGCGGUGGGGUACGACAUAGCCCCUAAAGGCCACAUGGACACCAUGGUGCUGCAGGUGCGCCGCAGCCUCGUCUUCCUGGUGGAGCGGUACCCCAGGAACAGAGGCAUUUACCUGUGUGGACACUCGGCAGGGGCCCACCUGGCAGCCAUGGUGCUGUCCACAGACUGGACGGAAUUCCAAGUGGUGCCAGAUAUCAAAGGAGCGGUGCUGGUGAGCGGCCUGUAUGACCUGGAGCCCAUCCUGCACACCUACGUGAACGACGCUCUGAACAUGAGCCGGGAGGUGGCCCAGAGGAACAGCCCCAUGAGACAUGUCAUCCCGGCAGCGCCAGCAGCCUGUGAGAUGCUUGUGGCUGUGGCCCAGCAUGACUCCCCAGAGUUUCGCAGGCAGUCACAGGAGUACAACCAGGCCCUGCGCGCGGCUGGCUGGUCCGUCUCACUGCUGGAUCUGGCUGGUGUGGAUCACUUUAACAUCAUUGAGAGGCUGUCAGAGGACAGCUACGUCCUCACUCAGGUGAUUCUGAACAUGAUUUCAAGAGCAUGAUGGCACCUUGGGAGUAAACAGAUGGAGAUGGUGCCCCUGUGUGGUGGCAAGGGGCAUCUGGUGUCCCCCUGCCUGCUGCCACCACUGUCUGAGACCUGCACUGUGCCCUCUCCACUCAGCCCAGCCUAGGCUGGUGUCCCUUCCCUGUGGUGCUCUUGCUCACUGGAGCGCAGGGGACUGAGGGCUGCAAGGCUCUGUCUGGGCAGCUAGAUCAUGAAGUUUGUUCCCUCGGUGCCCUUUAAACUGCACACUGGCAAUACAGAAUAAAAUGGGAAUUACUGUU